AUGUCUGCUUCUCCACCCACGCCGUCGCCUUCGUCGUCGGCCGCCGGCGUCCCUCUGCUGAGUGCUGCCCCGUCGUCGACCUACAGCCACGGAGAUUGCACCGCCUGUCACUCCCUUGGUCGAUCUAUACCGGCCGCGGCUCCAUACUCCGGUUCGCAGCCAUCUCUAUCGGAACGCGCGCGCAUUAUCCAGGCUGCUCAAGUCACCGCGGCCCUCGAUCACGAGGUGCCGGAUCUCCGGGGCCGUCUUGACGUCACCCAGGAUCUUCUUGAAGCAUCUGGUCGCCACACUGCAAGUCUUCAUCGAGUCAUCCAUGAUCGCGAUCUGGAGGUUCAACGCGUGCGCAACGAAGCCGACGGUCGUCUCCGAGAUCUCCAGCAGGCCCUGAACACCGAAGUAGAACGCCGUCAGCAAGCCGAAGCUGCUGAACAACAAGUACGCGCAGAUCUCGCACGGGUCGCCGCUCGCUCAGCUGAUGCCGAUGAAGUCACUCCGUCCGCUGCAGCAUCGCCCUCUAAUGUCGUCCCCAGUCAGUUGGAGAUCGCCAUCGGAGAUCUGGAUGAUCUACGAGCCGAGCUGGCAGAUAUCAAGGCUACCUGUACCCCUCCUCCCACUGCAUCGGUGACCCCAGGUGGCCGACUGUUGGCAGCCAGCGAAGCUGCCACUGAUGAUGAUCGGACGACGAGAAGCGGCGGUGGCGUCGAAGAAGGCGCAAGACGGUGGCUGAUCUCGCAACAGCUCAGGAUCGGGCAGUGGCUGCAGGUCAUGAUCGCGCGUGCUAAUGUGGCGGAACGAGAGCGAGCGGAGGCCUCCCUCGCUCGCGACGACUUGCAGGCGGAGCUGGAUGCGAGUCGACAGUCGCUGCUGAAGGAGCAGGCUUCUUCUGCUGAUCUCCGCAGCAAACUAGCGGAGCGUGAGGAACACCUUGGAGCGUUGCGCAACUUGAUCAAUCUGGUACCUGCGCCGACUCCGCAACCUGAGGUGGAACGAUGCGUGGCGUCGGCUCUUCCACGACUCCCGUCUGGCUCGGCAAAGCGAAGUGGAGAUCUCUCUUCUGAUCCAACGUCACAGUCGAAGCGUGCAAAGCGCGCCGUUGCGACUACCGAGGGAGCGCCAGCUGAGUUGUCUUCCUCUACGGCGAUGGCCCGAAGCCCAUUCACGCACGCAAUUCCACCUGAGUCCAGCGAAGCUGCGCGCCCUGUCGAUGUCACGCCGUGGCUGUGGAAGGUUGUUGCAGGUCACCGCCUUGACCAGCUUACAGCCAAAGACCUCGCUUCGAAGUUCUUACCACGCGACUGGCAGCUACCCGCCGGGGUGUGCAACCCUAAGAAGGGGAAGCUGGCAGUUCCUGCUGACUAUCGGCCCUGGCCACAAGCCUCGGUCGAAGCUUUAUACAAAGCGAGUCCCUGGAAGAUCUUCCUGGAUUACAUGCCCGACCCAGUCUCGUUCGACAUUGGAGAUCCCCGCUUUCAACCUCUUCCGGCCAUCAUCCGCGAUGUGCCGACUCGGAACGAUAAUCGUGGCGCGCUUGGAUUCUGGGAGAUCACCCACUCCAUCGAGAUUUCCAUUUCCAAGGCCAGCGCUGAGUCUUGGGAGGUGAAGUUCACUUCGGAUCGUAAGAAUCGGAGAUCCCACUUUGUGAAGAUGCCGCUGCCUGUGUUCGAUGAGGUGGCCCGCCUGUGCAAGGCUCAUGUGUGCGACUUGGACAUUCUUCUGGAGCCAUUCUUCCUGCCGCCGAUCGCAACGUGCCCGUGGUUCCCUAAGGGAGCUUCUGGCGGAGCCGUGGCGCCUGUUCUACUGUUCUACUGGAACGCUCGUGCCAAACACCCAUCGAUGAACGAAGCCAUCCACACGCGCCUUCGAGGCAAGUUCAAGGCGACCUCGUCAAUCGCCUAG